AUGAAGGGAACUCUUUUCGCCGCCGCCGCCAUGGUCGGCUCUGCCAUGGCCGACGGUGUUCACCGUCGGCAUGACGCUUUCCACCGUCGCGAGGCCGCUUCCGUCUGGGCCUCGUCCAGCGUCACCCCCAGCGCCUCCGCUCCUCUGAACCCCGAUGAGACCUGCGGCUGCACCACCAAGGUCAUCACCCACUACGGUGAGCCUACCCUGGUGCCCAUCGCACCCGAGGCCCCCGCCAGCUCGUCGUCCUCCCCCGCUCCCGUCCCGGAGUCGACCAGCACUCUCACCAGCACCGUGCACUCCACCAGCACUGCGACUCUGACCGUGACUGUGUCGCCCUCCUCCUCGGCCUCCCCGGUUGCCAGCUCGAGCUCCACCCCCGCUCCUGCUCCCAGCACCAGCACCGUGGACCUGCCCACCCCCGGUGUCAGCACCUUCUCCACCACCGGUGUCUACACCAUCCCGGCCACCACCAUCACCGUGACCGACAGCACCACCGUGUGCGGUGCCACCUCUACUGACGUCCCCAGCGGCACUCACACCUACGGCGGUGUUACCACCGUUGUCACCACUGACACCGUUAUCACUUGCCCCUACGCCACUGUCAAGCCUACCGGUACCACCGUGACCAGCGUCAUUGAGACCACCACCUACACUUGCCCCGCUGCCGGUACCUACACCGUUGUUCCUCCCACCACCACCACUGUGCCCACCAGCACCGUUCUGGUCUACCCCACCCCCCACACCAUCACCCCCGGUACCUACACCCAGACCGGCACCACCGUCACUGUGACCAACACUGACUACACCUACGUCUGCCCCGCCGCUACCGAGAGCACCCUGGCUUCCACCACCACUGCUCCCGCUGUCCCUGCCACCACCGCUGCUGCCACUACCACUGCUGCCGCCACUACCACCACCGCUGCCCCCGUUGUUGUUUCCAGCAGCUCCACCAGCAGCGCCGUUGCCACUAGCACCCCUAGCUCUGGCUCCAGCGUCACUGGCCAGGGCCAGUACGGUAUGACCUACUCUCCCUACACUGAGUCUGGCAACUGCAAGACCAAGCAGGAGGUUCUCAAGGACAUCAAGGUCAUCAAGAACAAGGGCUUCAACCUUGUCCGUGUCUACUCCACUGACUGCAGCGGUCUCGAGUUCAUCGGUGAGGCCUGCAAGGAGCUCGGCCUCAACAUGAUCCUCGGUGUCUACAUUGAGGGCUCCGGUGUCUCCGGUGCCCAGGAGCAGGUCACUGCCAUCUCCAAGUGGGCCCAGUGGGGUAUGGUUGAGCUGAUUGUCGUCGGUAACGAGGCUAUCCAGUCUGGCUACGUUGACGCCUCUACCCUCGCCUCCUUCAUCAAGUCCGCCAAGUCCAGCUUCCAGGCCGCCGGUUACACCGGCCAGGUCACCACCACCGAGCCCAUUGACGUCUGGGAGAAGUCCGGCGCCGCCUCCCUCUGCAGCGCCGUCGACGUCGUCGGUGCCAACAUCCACCCCUUCUUCAACGCCGAAGUCACCCCCGAGAAGGCCGGUGAGUUCGCCAAGUCCGAGUUCGACAUCCUCGAGAAGAUCUGUGGCGGCAAGGACGUCAUCAACCUCGAGACUGGCUGGCCCAACGCCGGUGACGCCAACGGUGCCGCUAUCCCCGGUCCCGCUGAGCAGGCCACCGCCAUCAAGGCCAUCGCCAAGUCCGUGGGCUCCAAGUCCAUCUUCUUCUCCUUCGCCAACGACAACUGGAAGGCCCCUGGUGACUUCAACGUCGAGCAGCACUGGGGAUGCGCUGAUGUCUUCUAA